AUGGUUUCGGACGUUGAGGCCAAACUCCAUCUCAAGCUGGGACGAGCUGAAGGACGCAUUUUCCCUCCAAUUCAUAGGGUUAAAAACUUCUUCCCCCCAAAGCAAAAUCUGACGACGAUAUACCAGAAGCCGAACGAGUCACUAAGGGAAUGGCUCGCGAGGUAUGGGGAAGCUGUCACCGCCACGAUGGACAUAACAGAUAGAGAGGCCUUGAUGGGGGUCUUAUCUAGCAUGAAGAAAAUUACCCUAUUCAAAAGAGAGCUAAACCAGAAACCCCCGUCCAGCUACAGGGAGUUUUUAGCGAGAGCACAGGGGUACAUCAACGUUGAAGAGGCGGACGCAAAUGACCCCGAGCACCGGACCAACAAGAAUAAAGGAACCGAACAAGGGUCGACGCUUGCGAAACAGGAUGGGAAGAAGCGUCGAGGCGGAAGAAACGGAGACAAGCAGCCCGCCGUAAUGAUGAGCGCUCUAGAAGCCAAGAAGCCAAGGCAAGAGGAUACCCGUAAGCCUCGACUGUUCCAAAAAUACGAUUCCUACCACGAGCUAACGAUAGGAGUCAAGGAAGUCUUCAAUCAGGUCGGCCGUGGAAACUUGCUACGCCGACCGGAACCAAUGAAGUCAGACCCCAGCCAAAGGAACCAGAAGAAAUUCUGUAGGUUCCACGGCGAUGUCGGACACCAAACCAAUGAUUGCGCCGACCUCAAAGAUGAGAUCGAAAGAGUGAUCCGCGAGGGGAGAUUACAAGAGUUCAGGGCCGAGCCGAGACCCCGAAAUGACGGCCGCAGAGGGCAAAAUGACGGUCGGCACCGAGAGGAUAACCAGCGCUCAGAAGACCGAGAACCUGUCGGCGUCAUACGGACUGUCCUCAGCGGUCCUUAUAUAGGAGGAGACUCAAGGAGGUCUCAGAAGGAUUAUGCCCACGAGGCCAAGGGGUUUAUCAGGAGCGGUUCUGGAGCGUCUCCGCUGUAA